UUCAACUAACUGCUCACUAUUUGGCUUUUUUCCUUCUUGGUCAGAUCACACAGUGCACUAUGGAGUUUGGCAUGUUUGAUAAUUCAGAGUGUAGCAGUGGGUGUGAGUCUGGGUGGACUGUGUAUUUGGAGAAUUCCAUUAUGGCUCCAUACAGUUCUUAUAACAAUGGCAACAAAUUUUUUCGAGGGAAAGCUCGAGUAAACGGGGAAGAAGAGGAGGAGGACUUAUCUAUGGUUUCUGAUGCAUCUUCUGGACCUCCACAAGUCGUGGCCGAAGAAGACUACGGCAAUGACAGCCACGGGUGGUGUUUCCACGCCCCAACGGGGGCCGUUGGCUCUGCAUUGCCCAAGAAAAGCAAUGUGAAGAAACAGAGAAAGAAAGAAAAGAAAGAAAAUAGGCUUCAGAACCUCAAGGAAAAGGCUUCAAUGCUUGAUGAUACAGCUAGCUCUCCCAUCUUCAACUGCACUAAUAACAAUUUCACCAUCAACAACCAGACCUCACUAGAGAGUGUAGUACCGGAUUUUUCGCAGGGCUACUCCACAACUCAAUUUCAGGGGCAAUCUGCAUAUCAGGAAUUCUUCCAGUCAUCUCUACUUCCUGCAAAUCAGUUCCAACAGAAUCAGUGGAUUGAAGGGAGGAGGUGGGGAUGAAAGGAAACAAUCUUUUUGCUCUGCAGCAUAGUCAAAGUUCAGAGAGGGAGGAAAAAUUUGGCAAAGCAAAAGGAAUUGGAUCUGAGAAAAGAGAUGUUGUUCCUCUUCAUUUCCUUUCUUCCUUUUUUCUUUUCUUUAUCUUUUAGCUGUCAAUGCACCGGGAACACAACCCGAAAAGAAGACUAGGAAUCUCUGUCAUGUUUCCUAGAAUUGAAUUUCCUUGUCAACAAAUAGUUGCAAAGCAUCUGCUCCUAGGUUUUUCUCGAGCAAUUUAUAUGAAAUGCAGACCUGUUAAACCUCGA